ACAAACGAAGCGGUCAGCGCUACCUCGACCGUCGACGCCGACACUUCCUAGCCUCGCCCGACCUUGGGGGCCCGCUUUUUUCCGCGAUUACAAUUCGAAUUACUGAACCCGCAGGUUUCCCAAUGUCGAGGCGUGUACGGCGAACAAAGAAGCAAGGAAGUAUCACCUAGACGCGGCCGGAAUUCGCCACAAUAAGGCGCGGUGCGACGCGUGUGGUUGUGUGCGCGACGUCGAUCGUCGAUUGUUUCGGGAGUGCAUCGAUAUGGAGUUCCCUUUGGGGCAAGAUUCGAGCGCCACCAUGUACGUCCCCGAUCACGUGGUGGAGCACCUUCGCUGCGACCUCUGCCGGCGCUACCUCUCCAUCCCGCCCAUCACCACGCACGAGGACAAGAUCAGCUGCGGCCGCUGCGAUCCCGGCUGGCACCGCAACAUGGCGUACGAGCGCUUGGCCCAGUUCGCCGUCUUCCCCUGCACCUACUGCGAGAAGAGGCUGCCCUGGGACGAGGUGCCCCGCCACGAGGAGCGCUGCCGCCAGGGCGUCGUGCUCUGCUGUUCCUCCUUCGAGAGGAAGUUCGCCCUGAGCAGGAUGCCCGCCGCCGCCGUCGGGGAGUACCACAAGGAGUGCCAGUGGAGGACGGUGGCCUGCCCGUUCGACUACUGCGACAGCAAGUACCAGAUCAGCGACGUGCUCCCCCACUUCGACAAGUUCCACAAAGGGUACGUCUUCUCCAACAACCUGGUCAGCGCCCGCAAAAUCCUCAAGGAAGAAAAGGUAUGGAACUACAGCUCCGACAAUCAGGUGUGCCUCAUACUCUUCCGGCAGAUGCCCUUCCUCGUCUUCGUCCACAGCGACUGCAACUACAACGAAACUACGGGCGACAUCAUCAGCUACGACUACCAGUUCGGCGUCUUCUCCUUCUGCAAGAAGCAAUGCGACAUCAAAUAUACCGCCUCCAUAACUCUAGAGUCUGAGGACGACAACUCGCACUUCGUCAUGAAGAACCAAGAAGUCAAACCGUUCAACGACAGGCUGCACCUGGUCAAAUUCAUAAGAAUCGGUCUAGUUAAACAGAACAGCUUCAACUUUCUCACGACCAAGUUCAAGAGCCUCAACAGGACGGACAACCUCAUCCUAACUUACACCGUCAAGCUACAGGACAACUUCAAGCCCACCACCGAGAAGUACCCCAGAGAACAACUGCUCAAGAUCGGGACGCUGGGCAAGAACUUCGAGUGCCCCAUCUGCAACGAAUACAUGUGCGCGCCGGUGUACAACUGCUCGCUGGGACACACGGUGUGCAAGUCGUGCAAGUCCAAGAUGGCUGUGUGCCCGUUCUGCAAGGCCUUCAUCGGCAACUCCAGGAACUUCGCGUUGGAGGAUAUCCUAGAGACGUUGCGGGUGGCCUGCCAGAACGAGGACAAGGGCUGCGAGUUCAGCGGGAGCAUACCCGACGUGCAGUUUCACGAACUGAAGUGUGUGUUUAAUGGUUAAGACGGUUAAAGGGACAAGAUGAAGGCGAAGAUUUUCCAAACUCCAAAAUAACGACAUGCUCGCUGUGAUUUGCCUUGUUCUCGAGCCCUUUGAAUAAAGUAAACAAAGUUAGAAGCUGCGGAUUAAACCGUAAAGGAAAACAAUACAACUGUGAUGCCAUGGCAGCAUUUUGAUAACAUUCCCCGUGUACUAAUUCAUUAUUACUGUAAAUAUAGAGCGUUUCAUACACUAAAAUGUAGUGUAUUGUUUAAAAGCAACAACAGAAACACUGAUUCCUAAAUUACUUUGUAGACUUUUAGUAUUAGCAUACGAAUUGAUUAUGGUAGGAUUUUUUUCAUUUUUUAUUACAAAUUGUAAAUUUUGAGAGUAUUUUUUGUUUGCUUUGCCAAGUUUCCGUUAAAUGGAAAAAUUCAAAACACUACAACACCAUAUAUAAAUAUUUUUUUACUCUUCCGUUACUCUAGUCUCGCUCUAGAAUAGCCAAUUUUGUUUUAAUAUAUUUUUUAUAAUGUGUCUAAUUAUUAUUAUAAUUAUGUAUGUUGUUUCUUUUCUUUAAAUGAUUAAUGUCGCCAUUCCUUCAUAUAAUAAACCCCAUUUUUUAAAGAAUUAAAUAAAUAGAACCAACGCAUUUAGCCUAAAUUAUAUGGUAAAUAGACCUUGAUAUUUAUUUACUCUAGGUUAUGUAUUAAUCAUCUCAUUUGAUGUAUACUGAGCUUUAACCACAGUUAAAUAUAAGCGAUAGGGGAAGAUAUGGUGGUAGCCAUUUUGACACAAACGUUGCAUAUUUGGCAGCCAUUUUGAUACAUACGUCGCAAAUUUGGCAGCCAUUUUGAUACAUACGUUGUAGAUUUGGCAGCCAUUUUGAUACAUAGUUGUAGAUUUGUUUACAUUUUGCUAAUUUCCUUGUUCUUUCCUGAGAUAGACAGUGGCUUAGUUUAUGAUAAGUAAAAUAUACGUUUUAUUAAAAAAAAAAGUUUUAUGCUGUACCAAAUCUAACAACUACUACUAACUAAUUAAGAAGCUAGCCAGAAAUAAUUGUUUAUAAUCGUAUUUACUUGUUCUACUACAGCAAAAAGUUAAAUUUGUUUUGCAAUCACAAAAAUCUUACUGUAAGUGCAAUAAAUUAAAUUGGUACAUUUGAACUACUUGUGAACUGAAAUCUAUAAAACGAGCAAUGCAGAUCUUUAAUUCUGCCCGAUUGCUAUUAGAAUAGGAUCAGACAGAUAAAAUUUUAAAUCUGUAUCGUCUAUUUAACAAAUUUCAGUUCAUAAACUCAACCAAAUCUGGCAACUUUUCAACUACAUCACAAAAUGAAAGUAGGUUAAAAAGUAUGAGACCCGUACUAUUUCUUUCAAUUCCUUCAAUAUUACCAGGUUCACUCACUAAACAAGGCUAGCAGCUACAAUCUCAUAUAAUACAAUAGUACCUAUUUGCACAAAUUAAAAAAUGUAUCUAUAUGAACUGAAAUCCAAGAUGCAUUAGUAAUUAUCGUUUUAUUGACUUAAAAAGGUCAUUUUGGCGAAUACCGUUAGUUAACUUUCUAGGUCAUUAACAAAAUUUUCAAAUAUUACAGUUUAGUUGGUAUUUUGGAUGUACGAUGUGCUUUACAAAAUAAACAGGACUUUUCAAAAAUAUGUAUUUCUAGUGAGACCAUCAACAAUUGCAUACUUUGGAAAGAUGUUUCACAAAAGCUAGCUAGUUUUACCGAAACGUUUCAAUUGAUGAAUUAAUAUUAUGGUGGUGAUGAAAGAAGAUUAACAAAAAUGUACAUUCCCUUCAAUGGUUCAAAACAACAAACUAAAUUUCUCUCUCUUUAAGGAAUCUAUUUCCAAGGCAAUUGGAUCUAACAAGCAUUCUGUACUCGUACAUGUUAGUCACAAUUUAUAUAUAAAAUGUAAUGCAUACAGCAAAAUAAAAAUAUUUACAUAAACAUUA